AAAUACCACUAUAUUAAUAACUGCAGUUAGUUACUCCUAGAUUUCUAUCCAGUAAAGAUAACUUAUAUAAACAUAGUUUACUCAAUUAAAUACUCAUAUUUUUUCAACUUUUUUCUAUAUAUUAUUAUUUGUACUAAAUAUGUCACGCGUACUUGUUGGUGUAAAAAGGGUAAUCGAUUAUGCGGUUAAGAUCCGUGUUAAACCGGAUAAAACAGGAGUUAUUACUGAUGGAAUUAAACAUUCAAUGAAUCCUUUCGAUGAGAUAGCUGUUGAGGAAGCUAUAAGAAUGAAAGAAAAAAAAUUAGCACAAGAGGUAAUUGCGGUUACAUGUGGUCCUUCUCAGGCACAAGAUAGUUUGAGAACUGCAUUAGCCAUGGGUGCUGAUCGUGGAAUACACGUUGAAAUAUCACCAACAGAAUAUGAAACUUUGCAGCCGAUUCAUGUAUCUAAGAUUUUAGCAAAACUUGCAAUAGAUGAGAAAGUUGAUUUGAUUAUUGUCGGAAAGCAAGCUAUCGAUGAUGACAGUAAUCAAACUGCCCAAAUGAUUGCUGGUAAUUUAGAUUGGCCGUCAGGAACAUUUUGCAGUAAGAUCGAACAUGGUAAUGGUGAAUUGACUAUUACACGAGAAAUAGAUGGUGGUUUGGAAGUCCUCAGGUUAAAAACUCCAGCUGUUCUCAGUGCCGAUCUUCGUCUUAAUGAACCUCGUUAUGCCACAUUACCAAAUAUUAUGAAAGCAAAAAAGAAACCAAUUAAAAAAAUUAGUUCAAAGGAUCUUGGCAUAGAUACAUCCGCCAGAAUUGAAAUUAUUUCUGUAGAAGAACCACCUGUUAGGCAGGCUGGUGCAAUAGUACCUGAUGUUGAUACUUUAAUAGUUAAACUAAAGGAGCGUGGACAUCUUUGAUAUUUUCCAAAUGAUCUAUAAAGUAGAAAAUGUUGUGUCUUCCUUUGAAUGAAUUUUAUUAUAUUUUUUACUGUAUAUAACAUAUGCCAUCUAAACAUAAUUAGAAUGAAUAAGCUCUAUAUUAUAUAUUUUCAUAAAUUUGUACCAUGUGGAGGCAAAAUGUAUAUCUUUUCUCUUUA